UAUAGUUCUUCCCAACAGGAUUUAGAGAAUCAUCGUGACAACGCUCAAGGCACUKCCCAAACUGAUAAGCGCCAACAACGUAAAAGACAYCGGAAACGCCCAAAAGUUACUGUGCUGAAAAAACUACGAAAAUUUGCAGCCAACAAAGUGAAAAUACCCAAAGAGCGUUCCCAGUGGGCAAAGAAAAUGGCGGACACCCACUUGGAGUAUAUYCGUAAGUAUUGCAAAGAGAACGCGUCGAAAUUCUUUAGCCAUCUUGAAUAUACUGGAAGCUUCUAUGAACACUUGAAAACAGAAGAUGCUGAUGAAUUAGAUAUCAUUAUAGCACUUGACACCAAGGAAAAUGCUGAUUUGGUCAUUGAAGAAGUUCUUCCUGGCUAUGCAAGRAUCAAAGCUACUUCAAAGUCUAGUAAAUAUUGGAAUGAGUUCGCGAAUGGUCAAGGUUAUGUGAGGCCUCAAAAAAUUCUGAGCUGGUUUUUCGGUGUAAUUCAAAAAGCUGUUAACAAGUACAAAGAAACAAAAACAGAAAAGGAUUCUGUGCUUAAAGUCUAUGACAAUGGUCCAGCGAUCAAGCUUGUCAUCAACGAUAAAGCCAACAAGAUGAAAUUGUCCGUGGAUCUCGUACCUGCCUUUCUCUUCAAGAAGAAAAUAUAUGGCGCUUCGCAUCCCGAGAGCAGACAUUAUGUGGCGAAGAUUUUACCCGAGGAACUGGCCUCCAAGUUUAAGCUCCCUGAAGGUUGUGCACGACAGAUGCUUUGGAGAAGAUCCUUCUCUCUAGACGAGAAGAAAAAGAUGCAAAAUCUUGACAAAGAAAGUAAAGGUUGCAGACGAGAAGUGAUAAARAUCAUUAAGACAAUUGUACGCAAYGAUGCAACUCUUGCCAAGCUUUCGUCCUUCCACAUCAAGACAGCKUUCCUUCAUUACAAUUUUGACGAAAGGGAAGACAACCACGAUUGGUCGGGAGAGAAACUUCCAGAAAGGUUCUUUGGGAUGCUGAAGUAUUUACGAGAAUGCGUCCAAGCAAAGAAGCUCCAGCAUUAUUUCAUUCCYGAGUUGAACCUUUUUGAAGAGUUGCCUGAUUUAACGCUUGCCAAUAUCGAGGGUCGUUUAACCAAGCUGAUUGAUAAUGAWAAUGAAAUGAGRAAAGUUCUCUUCGUAAAGCCUAARGAAGCAGAUGCGGAUUCACAAAAACCAAAACAAAAGAAAAGAAGGUUGGACAUURUAACUUAUUAAUUCUUAAAAGAUCAAUGGAAACUGCUCUUCGCCAGUAAUAGAU